UGUGGUACCACUGAGGGGUAUCGUCAUCUUCCUCUGCCUGCUUCAUCUGUGUGUUCAAGUCGUUCAGGAGGUGAACACUGUGUGUCUUGCUCAAAUGACUCAGUAUUUUUAUGACAAUGUCCAGCCAGAGACCGGACAAGGAACUGAUGCUCAGUAUGCAUUAUCAAUCUAUGUCCCACCGGCUCAUUGUGUAGAUAAACGUGCUAAAAUCGAGAAUGUGUUUGACAAGGAAGAUGCAGCACUAGUGAAAACGCUUCUCAAUAGAGGUGCCAAAUGUGAACUUUGCACAGAGCAACAAAAUGUCAUUGCUUCACGGCCAGUUAGAAUAGAUGAGAAAAUAACAGAACAUGCUGAGCAGGUUCUGCUCUAUCCUGUUGGUCACUCUCUCAUGGACAAACUUCUUAAAAAGGCGAGAGACCAAAGCUGUGUAGUGUUUUAUUCGUACAACUCACCUUGUGUGAAAACAUGCCUUCAGAGUGUAGACAAUAUUCUAGAAGGCCUUAGAAACUGGAUCAAUACAAGAAAAAUAGAAGGCCAAAUGAAUGCCUUUGUCUUCCAAGAGAUUUGGCAGAAAGACAAGGACAAGGAUCUCCAAACAGAAUUUAGAAACAUUGAUGCGAUAGUGCCUCUUUAUCGAUGUAUGAAAAGCAGUAAUGCGAUGGAAUGCCGGAAAUGUAUGAAUAAUAACGUUGUGGAUCCCUUCUGUCUGCCCAAAAAGAAAUUCUUUUUGGAAUCACUAAUUAAGGAAGUACUUUUCCUUUUCCAGGAAUUGCUUACAUCAGUGAUCAAACUGUGA